CUACUUCCGGCGGGAGUUCCUACACGCUGUUCCGGAGGCGGGAGACGUCGUCGGGGCUUGGCGCUACCCCGGGUGUUAGGAAGUUUGGAGCAGAUAUGAGUGAUUGCAGUGAAGAAUUGACAAGGCCUGCAACAGAAGAUGAUGACGAGAUGGAAACUUCAGUUGUCUCUAGUGCAGGAAUGCAUUUUCCUUGGCUUCAAAACAAAUUAGAAACUGUAGUGACUGGAGGGAAAAAGAAGAAGGAUUUUGCUCAGACAACAAGUGCUUGUUUAAGUUUUAUCCAAGAAGCUCUGCUGAAGCACCAGUGGCAGCGAGCUGCAGAGUUCAUGCACAGUUAUUUGCAGAUCUUGGAAGAUUUAGACAGCCACAAAAGACAGGCUGCACCUGAGAUUAUUUGGAAGCUUGGAAGUGAAAUUCUAUUUUAUCAUCCCAAAAGCAAUGUGGAGACUUUCAAUACCUUUGCUGACCGGAUGAAAAACAUUGGUGUCUUGAAUUAUCUAAAGAUCUCCUUACAACAUGCAUUGUACCUUCUACAUCAUGGAAUGCUUGAAGAUGCAAACAGAAAUCUAAGUCAGGCAGAAACAUGGAGAUACGGUGAAAAGUCAGCUUCCCAGGAAAUAAUAAUGAACCUUGUUCAGGCCUACAAAGGGCUUUUGCAAUACUAUACUUGGUCUAAAAAGAAGAUGGAAUUGUCAAAGCUUGAUAAGAAUGAUUAUGCUUACAGCACAAAAUCCCGAAAUAUACUUAACCAGAGCUGGAAGACAUCUACACAUAUUGGUGCAUUGAUUAAAAUUCCAGGAGUUUGGGACCCUUUUGUGAAGAGUUAUGUAGAGAUGCUGGAAUUCUAUGGUGAUCAUGAUGGAGCCAGAAAGGUUCUCACCAAUUAUGCCUAUGAUGCAAAGUUUCCAUCAAAUCCCAAUGCUCACAUCUACUUAUACAACUUUCUAAAGCGAGAGAAGGCACCAAAAGCAAAACUUCUAAGCGUGCUUAAGAUUUUAUAUGAGAUUGUUCCAUCUCAUCAGCUGAUGUUAGAAUUCCAUGUAUUACUUAGAAAAUCAGAAAAAGAAGAACACCGUAAACUGGGUUUGGAAGUGUUAUUUGGGCUUUUGGAUUUUGCUGGAUGCACAAAGAACAUAACUGCUUGGAAAUAUUUGGCAAAAUAUCUGAAACAAAUAUUAAUACAAAAUCAUCCUACAUGGGUUCAAGAACAAUGGAACUCCAGGAAAACCUGGUGGCCAACCUUUCACUUCAGCUACUUUUGGGCAAAAUGUGAUUGGAAAGAAGACACAGAUUUGGCUUGUGAGAAAGCUUUUGUGGCUGGGAUAUUGUUAGGAAAAGGUUGUAGAUAUUUUCGGUAUAUUUUAAAACAAGAUCAUCAAGUGUUAAGGAAGAAAAUUAAGCAAAUGAAGAAAUCGGUGAAAAAAUACAGUAUUGUGAAUCUGAGCAUCUGAUACUACAUUUAUUUCAUAGUCGGAGCUAAGUGUAGGUGGAUAUUGAAUGUAUUUAUUUGCUGUUUGGAUAUUGUUUAUAUGAGUAUAAAUAAUUAUUUUUG